AUCCCACAGAUCCUGAUGUGUAACGUCCCCACCAUGAAUGUAUUGGAAGAUAUUCAAAAGCGCGACAUUAGGCGCGUGUUUGCUAUCCCUCUUACCCGCCGUCCAUCCCAAUCUCUCUAAAAGAAAGGGGCCAAAAAGAAGGGAUAUACAAAGCAAAGUAGCGAAAAAGAAAAGCUUCGAAUCUCAAUAACCUAUCCCCUUAUCUCUUCGCAUGGUAUCUUUCAAAACCCUAAUUCCUAUAUCUCGAUCACAGAAUCAGAUGAAUUUAUUUGAUUGAAUAAUUGAAGGUCUUGCUGUAAAAGUUUAUUUUGAUUGGGAGAUUAUACAAUGUCUGCGAUUGUUUGCGGCAAGAGAUCAUUCUUCGAAGAUGUACAAUCGUCGUCGCCGACUUCACCAUCGACGCCUGUUUCAAAGAAGCUCCGGUGUUCCUCCACCUCUCCGACACGAUUCUCUCCGCCGCCGCUAGUGGAAGCUCCUAUCGAUCAGCUGAGAGCCUUGUUUCCCGAUAUAGACAGUCAGUUUCUUGAGAAAGCCUUGGAGGAAUGUGGCAAUGAUUUGGAUGUUGCUAUUAAGAGACUGCAUGAACUUCAUCUUAGUCAUGCACAAGGAAAGUCAGUUACUGCCUCAGAAGCUGAUGGAAAGAUGGACGGUGGUAUAGAGAACACUGCUUUUGUCCGAAAUAAUCUUCCAGCUGAUGGCACAGAAUGGGUGGAGUUGUUUGUGAGGGAAAUGAUGAGUGCUACAAGCACAGAUGAUGCUAGGGCUCGUGCAACAAGAGUGUUGGAGAGCUUGGAGAAAUCCAUUAGUGCUAGUGCAAGUGCAGAAGCAGCUCAAAAUUUUCAGAAGGAAAAUAUGAUGCUGAAGGAGCAAAUAGAAAUGAUUCUUCGAGACAAUGCCAUUCUGAAACGUUUAGUGGCCUUCCAACAUGAACGACAAAAGGAGCACAAUGAUAGGAUCCAGGAAGUGCAGCAGCUGAAGCAGCUGAUUAGUCAAUAUCAAGAACAAUUGAGAACUCUCGAGGUCAACAAUUAUUCUUUGAAAAUGCAUUUGCAACAGGCUCAGCAAUGGAACUCUAUCCCUGGACACUUCCAUCCAGACGUCUUCUAAUAUUGAAAUGUUUUCAAAUAAGGAAAAGGAACCUAGAAAGAGAUCAAGCCGGCUGGCGUCAUGUUAGUGGUGAUAUAGGAUGUCCAAGUGAGUUUGUAUUAUAUCUGUUGGUCUCUGAAUUAUAGGUUAUGUUGAGUUGAGCCCACUGGCGUUGAUAGUCAACAAAGUAUCAUGGGGCGUUGAUAAUAUGGCCUAAAACGAAGUUGUUUGAGUUGUGUUUCAAAGCUGUUUUUCAUUUUCAGAUGCGUCACCUUUUCCCUGUGCAAAAUCAAUCAGUUCAUAGCCUCUUCUUUAUUAAUAGCCUGAGUCCUUUUACUCUGA